CUCCUGUUAACAAAAAAUGCCUAGUACCUGAACCUCCCUUUGCAUUAACACCUGGCGGGAAAAGAAUACCCCCAAAAAAGGAGGAGGAGCUUAAGAGAAGUGGGAGGAGCCAACGACACUGGAAGAACCCAGGUGAUCUUAUAGUUAACUGAAGGACGCAAGGACUGUGCACUUGUCUGCGGUCUGGCUUGUGUUUGUGUCGUUCCGCUGUGGCUUUUGUCUUUGGCAUUAUUAUUACGGCUUAAAGAAGGAAAAUGAAGUUAACUUUCAUUCUUCUCGUGGCGGUCUUCGCUACCUCCUACGCCCAGGAUCUGUCGGGAUUACAGGCGCUGUUCCAACAAGCAGUCGGUGGGCAGUCGGGAGGAGGCGGGUCGUCGGCGGCGAAACCGAACAGACCAAAUAGACCGAAUAGACCUAAUAGACCGAACAGGCCUUCUGUGGGUAGUUUUGGCCAAAGUGGAUUCGGUCAGCAGGGAGGCGGAUUUGGACAAGGAGGCGGAUUCGGUCAGCAGGGAGGCGGAUUUGGUCAACAAGGAGGCGGAUUCGGUCAGCAGGGAGGCGGAUUUGGACAAGGGGGCGGAUUCGGUCAGCAGGGAGGCGGAUUUGGACAAGGGGGCGGAUUCGGUCAGCAGGGAGGCGGAUUUGGUCAACAAGGAGGCGGAUUCGGUCAGCAAGGAGGCGGAUUCGGUCAGCAAGGAGGCGGAUUUGGGCAAGGGGGCGGAUUCGGUCAGCAGGGAGGUGGAUUUGGACAAGGGGGUGGAUUCGGUCAGCAGGGAGGCGGAUUCGGUCAACAAGGAGGCGGAUUCGGUCAGCAGGGAGGCGGAUUCGGUCAGCAGGGAGGUGGAUUUGGACAAGGGGGCGGAUUCGGUCAGCAGGGAGGUGGAUUCGGUCAGCAGGGAGGUGGAUUCGGUCAGCAGGGAGGCGGAUUUGGACAACAAGGAGGCAGUUUUGGCCAAAGUGGAUUUGGUCAAGGACAAGGGGGCCAGGACUGCAAAUUAUUCUGCAGGAGAGGAAAUGGCUACGUGUGCUGCUAAAAAAAAAAAUGUUGCACACCACCUGAUACCCCUGAUUUCAAUAAAUUUCAGCUUGUCAGAUAAAUUAACAUGUGGAUAAACCUUUUGAUGAUGUAAUCUUAAAAUCUUUGUAGAAGUGUUAACGUUUAUGUGACGUGUUUACGUUUUAAAGGAUAACAACAUAAUUGUUUCUAAUCAUGUACUGACUGUAUCCAAAAAAAAGAAGAAAAUAUAUGGCGAUGAGGUUACUAAA